AUGCUGGCCAGCCACCAAGAGCGAUUCGGGGCCCCUUGUUUGAGCGCAGUUGUAUUCUCUUGCCCGCCUGUCCUGUGCUACCAGCCGGGCCGGGUGAAGGACUUCAAGUGUAGCAUCCAUGCUGCGAAGCCCCAUCUUUCCCCUAUAUAUGAAGAUGAGCCUGGUUGCCACCCAGGGCCAAGGUCGCUCCUUCCCGCGUCCCUCGGCCGAGAGGAAGGAGGCAAGUGGGAGGCAAUAGCAAGGAAAGUGGGCUACAACUACCCUGAGAGCGGCAGGCAUGACUUGCAUCUGGCCAAGAGCGAGGAAAGCACGCAGAAGCCCAUCGCCCCACCAGGUCUCCCAAACGACCAGAAGCUUGAACCUCACCAGACUCCUGCGACCACUGAGGCGCCACUUGCUGGUAAUUCCGAAGAAAAUAAGCAACCGACGGCAACGGAUCCGACUCGCUACCGCAGCACGGCUCGAGCCAACUAA